AUGUCCUUUAAUGUAAUGAAUCUUGGUGGUGAUCUCUUGCCGAAAUAUCAACAAGAGACUCCAAAAACUUCGCCUCAUAUCAUUUUACAUUAUUCGACAUUCAAAACAAUGUGGGAUUGGUCAAUUCUUGCUCUUACUUUUUACACAGCUUUUAUGGUACCUUUCAAUAUUGCCUUUAAGACUAGAGACCAUCCACCGCGCGGUAUCAUCGAUUUAGUGGCUUUAAUGGACUCAAUUGUAGAUGUUAUUUUUUUCGCCGAUAUUUUAUUAAACUUUCAUACAACAUUUGUUGGACCUGGCGGGGAGGUUGUUAUCGAACCAGCAAUUAUUCGUAGUAAUUAUUUUAAAUCGUGGUUUUUAAUCGACUUACUUUCAUGUCUUCCAUAUGAUAUUUUUUACAUGUUCAAGCAUGAUGAUGAGAGGAUAGGUUCGUUGUUUAGUGCACUUAAAGUGGUCCGUCUUCUCAGACUUGGCCGGGUUGCACGUAAACUUGAUAAUUAUUUGGAAUAUAGUGCUGCGACCUUACUUUUACUACUGUGUGCAUAUGUGCUUGUUGCUCACUGGCUUGCGUGUAUUUGGUUUUCUAUUGGCGAGUAUGAGGUCAAAUUAAGGUAUAUCGAUUUAUCUCUUCCUGAGGGAUGGCUCAUCAAACUAUCCAAGGAAUUAAAUUCGCCUUAUAAUUUUACUGCAAUGAACCGGUCAAAAUUAAUUGGCGCGUUAUAUUUUACGAUGUCAUGUAUGUCAACAGUCGGCUUCGGUAAUAUCGCAUCGACAACUGAUAACGAGAAAAUGUUUGGUGUUUGCAUGAUGAUUAUAUCAGCACUCCUCUAUGCUGCUAUUUUUGGACAUAUGACUACGAUAAUUCAACAAAUGACAUCUGCAACAGUCAGGUACCACGAAAUGAUUUCGGAUGUACGAGAAUUCAUCAAACUUCAAGAAAUUCCUAGAGAACUUUCAGAGCGUGUGAUGGAUUAUGUAGUUAGCACCUGGUCAAUGACUAAAGGAAUUGAUGCAGCGAAAGCAGAUAUUUGUGUGCACUUGAAUCGUAAAGUUUUCAACGAACAUUCUUGCUUUCGACUGGCUUCAGAUGGUUGCUUGAGGCAAUUAGCGAUGCAUUUAGAGAGUAAUCACGCUGCGCCAGGAGAUCUUCUGUAUCAUACAGGUGAAUCAGUGGAUGCUCUAUGUUUCGUUGUAUCUGGUUCGCUAGAAGUUAUUCAAGAUGAAGAAGUAGUAGCAAUAUUAGGAAAAGGAGACGUGUUUGGUGAUGAAUUUUGGCUUAAGCCAGGAACAGGUCAGAGUGCUGCAAAUGUUCGUGCUCUUACAUAUACAGACUUGCAUCUGAUUAAAAGGAAUGAUUUGUUGGAGGUACUCGAUUUUUACAAAAAUUUUGCGAGCUCUUUUGAACGAAAUCUAGUUCUCACCUAUAACUUAACUCACAGGUUAAAGUUUCGUAAAGUUGCUGAUGUGAAAAAAGAAAAAGAGCUGGAUGAAAGGCGAAAAAAUGAGAAGCUGAUAUUAAGCCCAGAUCAUCCGGUAAGAAAACUACUGCUUCGUAUGCGAGAGCGUCAUUGUAGUCGAAUAUUUCCGACAACAUUAAUUGUGGAUAUUGAGCAAAAAAACAAUUACGAAUGA